GAAGAUAUUUACGCCACCCCAAGCACUUUUUUAGGAAUAUCAAUAGUGCUCUAAGAAGCUUAUCUCCCGUUGACAAUUCGGGUAAACAAAACUGUAUUGCAGAGAACUCCACGACAAACUUCCUAGAGCAAGAACGUCUGAUGAUGAACAAGAAAAAGUAGAUGGAAAUUCGAGAACAUGUCAUCACAAAUUCAAGUACCAGAAAGAACCUUGGAAACAAGCGCUCCAGAUGUAGUAAUCCAGUAAAUGUGGAUCGCUUGACAAGAAAGCGUGCACGAGUGGAGAAACAUGUAUCCACUCAGUCUACUUCGGGGGAAGUUGUUUCAUAUUGGGAUAUCGGAGAUCCAACUUACAAGUGUGGGAAUUGUGGAGCAACAUUUUGGUAUGACGAAAGAUUGAGAGCUGACUACAAAUCCAAAAGUCCAAAGUAUUCUCUCUGUUGUGUGAAUGGUACAAUAAAGCUCUCGCCGAUGAAGACUCCUCCUCAAGUACUACUUGAUCUUCUAUAUGGUGAUAGUGAAAAGAGUAAACACUUUUUACAAAACAUACGAUCAUAUAAUAGUAUGUUUUCUUUCACUUCGAUGGGAGGCAAGAUUGAUGUUGAGCACAACAAAGGUAAAUCACCACCGGUUUUCAAAUUGCAUGGACAGAACUACCAUUUGAUUGGAAGUCUUAUGCCUGAGGAGAAUGAAGUACCUAAAUUUGCACAAUUGUACAUCUACGAUACUGCAAAUGAGGUGGUGAAUCGAAUAAGAUCUGUGAGGUUUUGUAUUUGGCAUGUUUUAAGUAAAGUAUCUGAAAAAGCAGGUCUGCUUAUAAGCUCUCUACCAACCUUUGACAACAUUUAUCAUGUUAUCAAACACUCCGAGACACCUGCAGAAUUUGAAUUACAAUGGGAUGAUGCUAUCAAGGAAAAUGGUUUGCAAGAUAAUGGUUGGAUGUCAUACAUGUUUCAGAUUCGGGAACAAUGGGUUCCAGCCUAUUUCAAGAAAGUUUUUUCAGCUGGCAUGUCCUCAACUCAACGAAGUGAGACUACACAUUCUUUUUUAAAGAAAUUUGUGUACAAAGGGUGUGGUUUUAAUGAGUUUGUCACCCGAUUUGAUAGAGCACUUUCAAGGCAACGAGAACGUGAGAAUCAAUGUGAUCAUGAUGAUAGGAAUGGGCGGCCUAAGUUGCAAUAUGGGACACAACAGGAGGUACAACUUGCCAAUAUAUAUACACGUCAAAUGUUUCGUGAGUUUCAAGCAGAACUUCAUAAUUGUUUCACUUACUCCUUGGAAUUGAUAAGGGAAGACACAGACCAUAUGGUUUUCAUUUUAGAAUUUAAAGGGACGUCAAACGAAACACGUGUAAAGAUGACUAGACAAGUCCAUUUCGCUCGAGACACACAAAUUGCUUGUUGUUCAUGUAAAAAAAUGGAGUUCUUUGGAAUACUUUGUGCACACAUCUUGAGGGUAUUAGAUUCCCUUAAGAUAUAUGAACUCCCUGAGUAUUAUAUACUUGACAGAUGGAAGAAGGGAGCGAGAAGGGGAAUUGUGAAAGAUUCAUUUGGUGUUACAAUAAUAGAGGAUCAUAGACGCGCCUUGUGUGGGGGAAGCGGUAAAGCGUUAGAGGCGUUUCUUGGAGGUUAUUAUGAGCUACUAGACGAGUCACCUGAAGAUCAAGAAAUUGGUCUAAAGCUACUAGAAGAGUGGCGCACAAAGUUCAAAGAACAUUUGGCAAAUAACCAAAGUGAUCAAAGGAAAAAAAAGAAAGUUGUUGAAUCCUCAUGUUCGAUAGAUCUACUGGAGCCCGACCAUGCAAGACACAAGGGGUGUGGUAAACGUUUAAAGUCAAGUUUAGAAAAAUCUUCAGCUCUUAACCGUGUUUGCAGUGUUUGUAAGGGGUCUGGUCACGACAAACGCAAUUGUCCAAAACAGG